UGAUAGCUACGUCAUUUUCGAGAAGUGUCUUUCCCGACACGUCGUGGGCAUGACGUCACAGCUCAUCCCGAGCUCAGCACCGCGUGAAGUUUGCGCCGCAUACGCUGCGUCAGAGAAGAACAGCUGAUACAUGCACGGACGUUUCUCAGCAAGACCACCGACGAGAGACAACGGACCACCGUCUCCGAGACUCCCUGACAUUAAGAUUCGAGACUAUCAUUCCACUGACAACUAGUAACUGAUCAAACAUGGGCAAAGAAUUCAGAGGUACAAUUGCAGAUGAACCUGACUUUGAUGCAGGCAGUGAUGCAGAGGCCCUGUAUAAUGCCAUGAAAGGCUUUGGAAGUGACAAGGAGGCCAUCUUAGACCUGAUUACCUCACGAAGCAAUGCUCAGAGGCAGGAGAUCCGUGCCGCCUACAAAUCACAGUAUGGGAAGGAUUUAAUCGACGAUCUGAAAUACGAGCUUACAGGCAAGUUUGAACGUCUGAUUGUGGGUUUGAUGAGACCUCCAGCCUAUCAUGAUGCCAAAGAAAUCAAGGAUGCCAUUAAGGGAGCGGGAACAGAUGAGAAAUGUUUGAUUGAAAUUCUCGCUUCAAGAACCAAUGAGCAGAUUCAUAAUUUGGUGGCAGCAUACAAAGAUGCAUAUGGGAGAGACCUUGAAGAGGAUGUUAUAGGGGACACAUCUGGGCAUUUUAAGAAGAUGCUGGUUGUUUUGCUUCAGGGGACCAGAGAGGAAGAUGAUGUUGUUAGUGAAGACCUUGUGGAGGAAGAUGCUCAAGACCUGUAUGACGCAGGAGAGGCACAGUGGGGCACAGACGAGGCCAAAUUCAUCAUGCUGCUGGGAAACCGGAGUGUGACCCAUUUGCAGUUGGUAUUUGAUGAAUACCAGAAAAUUGCUGAGAAGUCUAUUGAGGACAGUAUUAAGAGCGAGCUCUCCGGGGACUUUGAAAGACUGAUGUUGGCUGUCGUUCAGUGCAUCAGGAGUAGGCCCAUGUUCUUCGCCAAACGCCUUUACAAAUCCAUGAAGGGACUGGGCACGGCUGAUAACACUCUGAUCCGCAUCAUGGUCUGCCGCUCUGAGAUUGAUAUGCUGGACAUCAGAGAGUGCUUCAGACUGCGCUAUGAGAAAUCUCUGUACAGCAUGAUUCAGGAUGACACUUCCGGAGAUUACAAGCGCACCCUGUUGAAACUGUGUGGAGGAGAUGAUGACUUUUGUUUCUCAGUAUUGCAGGAGUUCUUCCCAGAGGCUGCACAGAUUGCCUACAAGAUGUGGGAAAUCAGCGCCAUGACCAGAGUUCAGUUAAGAGGAACUGUGCGACCGUAUCAAAAUUUCGACCCUGCGAGUGAUGCUCAAGCCCUGAGAAAAGCAAUGAAGGGAUUUGGAACUGAUGAAGAUACAAUUAUUGACAUUGUGGCACAAAGAAGCAAUGCACAGAGACAGGAGAUCAGACAGACUUUUAAAUCUCUUUUGGGACGGGAUCUCAUGGCUGACUUAAAAUCAGAACUGUCCAAAAACCUCCAAAGACUCAUCCUCGGUCUCAUGAUGACUCCAGCAGAGUUUGACGCUAAGAUGAUGAAGAAAGCCAUGGAGGGCGCAGGGACUGAUGAACAUGCAUUGAUUGAAAUCUUGGCCACUAGGAGCAACCAAGAGAUUCAGGAUUUGUGUUCUGCCUAUCAGAAUGGCUAUAAAAAAAGUUUGGAGGACGCCAUCGCAUCAGAUACGUCUGGGCAUUUCAAACGGAUCUUGAUAUCUUUGGCACAGGGAGCCCGUGAGGAGGACCCAGCGGACAUGGCCAGGGCCUUGGAAGAUGCCCAAGAACUGGCAGAUGCAUGCAAUGCAGAUUCUGGUGACAUGGAAGACAAGUUCAUGAGUAUUCUGUGCACAAGGAGUUUUCCGCACCUGAGGAGAGUGUUCCAGGAAUUUGUGAGGUGCAGCAACAGAGAUAUUGAACAGAUUAUAAAGAAGGAGAUGUCAGGAGACGUAAAAAAUGCCAUGUUUGCUAUUGUGCGGAGUGUGAAGAAUCAGCCAUCUUACUUUGCUGACCGAUUGUACAAAGCCAUGAAGGGCCUGGGAACAGACGACAGGGCUCUCAUCCGUAUCAUGGUGUCCCGAUCCGAGAUUGACCUCUUCAACAUCCGCAAAGAAUUCAAGGAGACUCAUGACGCUUCUCUGCAUGAAUUCAUCCAGGUAGAGACGCUCGUUGGUGACACAUCAGGAGACUAUCGUAAAACCCUUUUGAUUCUCUGUGGAGGUGAGGACUAGAACAUUGCCCGUCGUCUGGGAUGUGUCACACAGCAUAUUCAUGCCAAGUAACCAGUACACUGUGUUCCCAUUCGUUGUUUGAGAGAUGCUAUCCAACUUCCAGUCUUUAUGCCCUUUGCUGCUGCUGCCAUGCCUAUGCCAAAGCUAAUGACCUUCGCAGAAGCCACACCUUGUCCCAUUUUCUGAAAUCGUAAAUAUUUUUUUUUUUACAGUUAAAAGCACUUUUAAGUUGUUACCGUUCUACUAGUGCUUUAUUUGUUACCCAACAUCCUGUUUAAAUUGAUCACCCUAGAAAUAAAAGUGACACGUGAUCGUGUUUGAGUUUGUGUUAGAUGGACACCGAUCUUGUGUUUUAAUACCAAAUGUUGAUUUAAAUCUAGUACAGAAUGUGGUGAUGUGCUUCUGAACAAAAUACCAAAAUUGUUGAUCAUACGGAAGUAAACAAUACAAAAAAAGAUCUGUGCUGUCAUUCUCCAUCGAUUUAGAAAAAGGUAAAAGUAGCAACAUUUCAGCUUUUAUUUGAUGUUUUUUUGGAUCUUGCACCCAGCCAAGAUGCUUUGGAUGUGCGUACGUGCAAUUUUUUUCAUACAACAGUAAGUUGCUUCAAGCCUGGUCACAUUCAUGAGCUUUCAUGGGCAUUUCAACAUGAAUCCACACAGAUAAUGCCACAGGUUUAAGUUGGUCACACAGAUUACUGAUAUCUGACUAUAUUUUUGGUCCUGAAUUCCCUACUAACAUGCUGAUGAGUUGAAUCAGGUGUGUUUUAUUAGGAAAAGUUAGAAAAUGUGUAGUGUUGGUGUGCCUCCGGGAACAGGGUUGGGAAACACUGCAAUAGACAAUGAAUUGCAAUUAUUGAAAUUAUGCACAAUUAUGCAAUUAAUAUUAUGACAUACUGUAGGCUGAACAGGAAAACUGCCAAAUUUGUUUUUUAAAACUCACUCACUCCAUGAAUGAUGAUUAUAGCGAAAAUACAUUGUUUUAAAAAUUGUUCUGAAUUUAAAAGAAUAUACUUCAAACCACAACUAUUAUGAUAAUAGCACAGAAGGAAAGAUAUUGCUAGAUAUUACUCACUUUCAGAAUAUUUUUUUUUCAGCUGAUGAUUGCAAAAACCAAUCAGUCUUGCUUUCUAGCAUUUUAAGCAGCAGGGGACAAAACUGCAGCACAUUAUUAUAAUAAACUGAACAUUGUUGACACCAGUGUAGUUAUUAUUUCAAUUAUUAAUGAUGUUUUUAUGAUCUAAACAGCCGAUAAUUCACUAUUAUUCAUUAAUAGAUGUUUAUGCACACUUAGGGAAAAAUCAUUAUUUUUAUGUAGAGUGGGUCAUAUAUUUAUUUUUAUUCUAUGUAGAUUUUUAUUACCGGUGACAAAGUAAUUUCCUGUUGACAACAAAAGAUACGGGACAAACUUUUGCUCAUUUUUAAAAGUUAAGAAUAUUUAUUUAACUCUUCUACCUUAAAAGUCCAGGAUUUUUUUCAGCAGAGGCUAUUUCUUGCGUCCUUAUUUUAUUCAGUGGUCUGAAUAGCUGAUUCACGGAGAUCAGUCAUUAACUUUAUUUACAUUACAAAUGCACCACAUAAGGAAACUCCCUCCUGUUGUAAUCUAUGCAACUCUGUUCUGAAUAGGAAAUAAACUGGUUAUAAACUGCA